AUGGGUGACCCUCUCUCGAUCGCAGCUGGCAUCGCCGGAUUCCUCUCGCUUGGGAUUCAGGUGACGCAAACCUUGAUGGAUUUCUAUUCAGUCUACAAAAACCAAGACACUGAUAUCUCAAAGAUCACCCAAAAUAUGGAGAGCCUUCAAAGCACUUUUCGCUCCCUAGAAAUUGCAAUCCAACAACGUCAAAGUCGGCCUAACGCAGAAGGGCUACUUCAAGAAGUCGACAAGGCUACACAGAGAUGCCAUGAAAUAGUUAGAGAGCUCGAGGCUGAGUGCCAGAAACUUUAUAAUGAACCGGGUACCUGCUUGAAAGGUCGUCUUCAAGUCACUGGACGUCGCGUUACCUAUCCGUUCCGAAAAAGUACAAUUCAGAAAAUCGAAGAGGAUGUUAGCGACAUCCGCGAAAACUUGUUAUUUGCACUAAAUGUGCUACAGUUUAAAAGCCACAAUAGGAUUGAGGAUGAAAUAUCGACUGUCCAAUCUCUUCUCGAGCGGAUGAGCUCAAGCCAAAUCUCUUUCGUUAUCCAUGAGACUUAUGAACGCAUACUUUGUGGCAUCGAUGAAACAUAUAUUGAGGAUGUACGGCGUAUGCUUAUCGUGCUCUCUUUAUCUGUUCAACCUCUCACUAUUAAUGAGUUAAUCGACGCUCAUGCGGUAGAACUUGGUGAAUCGCCGUAUCUAGAUCGGGAGGACAGAUCCUACGAACAAGAUGAUCUCGUUGAUACUUGUCUCGGUCUUAUAGAGAUUGUGGAAGUCAAUGAUAGUGAUAGGGGAAAAAUCUCAAUCGCUCGCAUCGCUCACUUCUCCGUCCAAGAGUACCUUCAAUCGGAUCGCAUUCGUCAACAGAAAGCUGCAACAUUUGCCAUUGAAAGAGAAUCUGCUAGCGCGGAAGUUGCACAAAUCUGCCUAGUUUAUCUAUUAGACCCGAGGCUAUCAGACGGCAUUCUGAAUGAGGUGAAGCUUCGAGAAUUUCCACUUGCUCACUUCGCUGCCAAGCAUUGGUAUCACUAUUAUCAGGCAUCCGAAGAGGGAAAGAUAAAGGCUGAAGAGCUUUUGUUGAGGUUCUUCCAGAGGGAGGCAAAUUCUUUCCUAACCUGGAUUAUGCUAUACGAGGUUGACCGUCCAUGGAACCGAGGGAUCAGUUUUCAACAAUUCCCUCAUAUGGGAUCGCCUCUAUACUAUGCAUCGUUUCUAGGACUAGAGGCCAUUGCAUGGAGUAUCCUAGCGAGGUACGAUGGGUCGUCUAGUCUGAAUAGCUCAGUUCAUGCCCAUGGCGGAUUCUAUGGCAAUGCACUUCAAGCAGCAUCGAGCCAGGGUCACAAAGAGGUGGUCCAACUACUCCUAGAUCAAGGUGCCGACGUGAACGCGCAGGGUGGAUACUAUGGCAAUGCACUUCAAACAGCAUCGAGCCAGGGUCACAAAGAGGUGGUCCAACUACUCCUAGAUCAAGGUGCCGACGUGAACGCCUAUGGCGGAUUCUAUGAUAAUAUACUUCAAGCAGCAUCGAGCCCGGGUCACAAAGAGGUGGUCCAACUACUCCUAGAUCAAGAUGUCGACGUGAACGCGCAGGGUGGAUACUAUGGUAAUGCACUUCAAGCAGCGUCAAUAGAUGGCCACAAAGAGGUGGUCCAACUACUCCUAGAUCAAGGUGCCGACGUGAACGCGCAGGGUGGAGAGUAUGGCAAUGCACUUCAGGCAGCGUUAAUGGAUGGCCACGAAGAGGUGGUCCAACUACUCCUUAAUCAAGGUGCCGACGUCAACGCGCAGGGUGGAGAGUAUAGCAAUGCACUUCAGGCAGCGUCAAAGGGGGGUCACAAAGAGGUGGUCCAACUACUCCUAGAUCAAGGUGCCGACGUGAACGCCCAGGGUGGAUACUAUGACAAUGCACUUCAAGCAGCAUCGAGCCAGGGUCACAAAGAGGUGGUUCAACUACUCCUAGGUCAAGGUGCCGACGUGAACGCGCAGGGUGGAGUGUAUGGUAAUGCACUUCAAACAGCGUCAAUGAAUGGCCACAAAGAGGUGGUCCAACUACUCCUAGAUCAAGGUACCGACGUGAACGCGCAGGGUGGAUACUAUGGCAAUGCACUUCAAGCAGCGUCAAAUGGGGGCCACAAAGAGGUGGUCCAACUACUCCUAGAUCAAGGUGCCGACGUGAAUGCCCAUGGCGGAUUCUAUGAUAAUAUACUUCAAGCAGCAUCGAGCCCGGGUCACAAAGAGGUGGUCCAACUACUCCUAGAUCAAGAUGUCGACGUGAACGCGCAGGGUGGAUACUAUGGUAAUGCACUUCAAGCAGCGUCAAAAGGGGGCCAUAAAGAGGUGGUCCAACUACUCCUAGAUCAAGGUGCCGACGUGAACGCCCAUAGCGGAUUCUAUGAUAAUGCACUUCAAGCAGCAUCGAGCCAGGGUCAUAAAGAGGUGGUUCAACUACUCCUAGAUCAAAGUGCCGACGUGAACGCGCAGGGUGGAUACUAUGGCAAUGCACUUCAGGCAGCGUUAAUGAAUGGCCACAAAGAGGUGGUCCAACUACUCCUAGAUCAAGGUGCCGACGUGAACGCCCAUAGUGGAUUCUAUGGCAAUGCACUUCAAACAGCAUCGAGCCAGGGUCACAAAGAGGUGGUCCAACUACUCCUAGAUCAAGGUGCCGACGUGAACGCCUAUGGCGGAUUCUAUGAUAAUGCACUUCAAGCAGCAUCGAGCCCGGGUCACAAAGAGGUGGUCCAACUACUCCUAGAUCAAGGUGCCGACGUGAACGCGCAGGGUGGAUACUAUGGCAAUGCACUUCAGGCAGCGUCAAUAGAUGGCCACAAAGAGGUGGUCCAACUACUCCUAGAUCAAGGUGCCGACGUGAACGCGCAGGGUGGAGAGUAUGGCAAUGCACUUCAGGCAGCGUUAAUGGAUGGCCACGAAGAGGUGGUCCAACUACUCCUUGAUCAAGGUGCCGACGUCAACGCGCAGGGUGGAGAGUAUAGCAAUGCACUUCAGGCAGCGUCAAAGGGGGGUCACAAAGAGGUGGUCCAACUACUCCUAGAUCAAGCAUCGAGCCAGGGUCACAAAGAGGUGGUUCAACUACUCCUAGGUCAAGGUGCCGACGUGAACGCGCAGGGUGGAGUGUAUGGUAAUGCACUUCAGGCAGCGUCAAUAGAUGGCCACAAAGAGGUGGUCCAACUACUCCUAGAUCAAGGUGCCGACGUGAACGCCCAGGGUGGACACUAUGGCAAUGCACUCCAGGCAGCGUUAAUGGAUGGCCACAAAGAGGUGGUUCAACUACUCCUAGAUCAAAGUGCCGACGUGAACGCGCAGGGUGGAUACUAUGACAAUGCACUUCAAGCAGCAUCGAGCCAGGGUCACAAAGAGGUGGUUCAACUACUCCUAGGUCAAGGUGCCGACGUGAACGCGCAGGGUGGAGUGUAUGGUAAUGCACUUCAGGCAGCGUCAAUAGAUGGCCACAAAGAGGUGGUCCAACUACUCCUAGAUCAAGGUGCCGACGUGAACGCCCAGGGUGGACACUAUGGCAAUGCACUUCAGGCAGCGUCAAGGUGGCACCACAAAGAGGUGGUUCAACUACUCCUAGAUCAAGGUGCCGACGUGAAUGCGCAGGGUGGAGAGUAUGGUGAUGCAUGCCAAGGUGCCAAUGUGGGCACAGAAUCACCUUAG